AUGGCUACCUCGCCCGUAUCAGCAGGAACAGUACCGAUGGUGGAGGAGGGGAAGUUGCUGAGUGAGUCGCUCAGCACCGUCAAGAUACAGGUCCAGCAGAUGAAGAGGCAUCUGGAGCUGGACCAGCUUAUGGAUGCUCUGAAGAGUGCCAGUCUCAUGCUCGCCGAACUUCGGACGUCCUCCCUCUCGCCCAAACAAUACUACGAACUGUAUAUGGCUGUAUUCGAUGCGCUCCGUCAUUUAUCCAACUAUCUAUACGAUGCGCACGUCCAGGGCCGUCACCACCUGGCAGACCUCUACGAGCUUGUACAAUACGCGGGAAACAUCGUUCCCCGCCUCUAUCUCAUGAUCACCGUCGGUUCUGUCUAUAUGUCCAUCCCAGAAGCCCCCGUCAAGGAAAUUAUGAAGGAUAUGAUGGAGAUGUCCCGCGGAGUGUUGCAUCCCAUCAGGGGAUUAUUUCUGCGGCACUAUCUGAGCGGUCAGACGAGGGAUCACCUGCCGGUUGGGAAUGACCCAGGGCCAUGUGGAAACCUGCAGGACUCGAUCAGCUUCGUACUGACGAACUUCGUCGAGAUGAACAAGCUCUGGGUGCGGCUGCAGCACCAGGGGCACUCGCGCGACCGCGAGAAGCGCGAGAUGGAGCGGAAGGAGCUGCGGAUUCUCGUCGGCACGAACCUUGUCCGGCUCAGCCAGCUGGACGGGGUGGACCUGGACAUGUACCAGAACGACAUCCUGCCGAGUAUCCUGCAGCAGGUGGUGAGCUGCAAGGACGUCAUCGCGCAGGAGUACCUGAUGGAAGUGGUGAUCCAGGUGUUCACAGAUGAGUUCCAUCUGCACACGCUCGGCCAGUUCCUCUCCGCCACCGCGCAACUGCACCCGAAGGUGAACAUCAAGCAGAUCGUCAUCGCGCUCAUCGACCGCCUCGCUGCGUAUGCGGCGCGCGAGGCGGAGAACGAAGACCCUGAGGAGACGAAGCGACAGGAGGAAGCGGCGGCGCGGCGGCUCGCGGAAAAGGUGAAGACACAGAAGGCGCGGUUACGGCAGAACGGGCAUGGCGUCACUUCGCCCACGGCCGACUCCGCGACGGCCGGCAGUGAGCAAUGGGGCUCGGUGCCGGACAGCCCCGUCGUGGACGCGGUGGAGAAGGAAUUUACAGCGGCGCCUUCGGUGGAUGGCGCGACGGAAGAGACUGCGCUGGAGGAGACAUCCAAGGGCAAGGAGAAGGAGCGGGAGAAGGAAGUGCGACCGCAAGUGCGCAAGUUCCGAGGGGUGCCGGAGGAUGUAAAGCUGUUUGAGGUAUUCUGGCAGCAGGUCGUAGAGCUUAUCAAGGCCCGACCAGACCUGUCGAUACAAGACAUCACUGCGCUCCUGGUCUCUCUCACUAACUUAUCCUUAAGCUGUUACCCCGACAGGCUGGAGUAUGUCGACCAGAUCUUCGGUUUCGCCCACGAUAAGAUCAAGGAGUUUACGGACAGCCCGGACCUGCACUCUCAACCAACGACUAACAACCUCGCCGCGCUGCUUGUCGCGCCGAUCAACUCGUACCAGUCCGUGCUGACGCUACUCGCUCUACAACAAUACUCGCCACUGCUCACACAGCAGCCCUUCGCCACGCGCCGGUCGCUAGCACACGCUCUCAUAUCCUCGGUGCUCAAGAACGAGACGGUCAUUGAAACGCCGGAAGAUGUCAAUGGCAUACUCGAGCUGUGCCAUGUACUGAUCCGGGACCAGGCGGACGCGACUUUGAGCAGCCAGACGGUUAAGGACCCAAGGCGGGGGCCAUAUCACCACGAAAGAGAGGACCUGGCGGAGGAGCAGGGUUGGGUCGCGCGCAUGGUGCAUCUGUUCCGUGCGGAGUCGCUAGACGUACAGUUCGAGCUUCUACAAACGGCGCGUCGGCAUUUCGAGACAGGUGGGGAGAGGAUGCGGUUCACGUACCCUGCUCUCAUCACCUCAUCCAUCAAGCUAUGUCGACGGUACAAGAACCGAGAACACCUGGAGGACGACUGGCAGAACAAGGUUUCGACGAUCCUCAAGUUCGUGCGCCAGCUGAUCUCCAUCCUCGCGACGCAAGUCGAGGCGCCGUCGCUCGCGUUGCGGCUCUUCCUGCUGGCCGCGCAGAUCGCCGACGAGUGCGGGUUCGAAGAUCUCGCGUACGACUUGUACGUGCAGGCGUUCACGGUAUACGAGGAGAGCAUAUCGGAGAGCCGCGCGCAGCUGCAGGCGAUCACGCUCAUUAUCGGAACGUUGCAGGGCGCGCGCGUCUUCGGCGUAGAUAACUACGACACGCUCAUCACCAAGGCCGCGCUACACGGCGCGAAGCUGCUCAAGAAGCCUCACCAGGCGACGGCGGUGAACCUCGCAAGCCAUCUCUGGUGGCAGGAGCCCCCGCCCGACGAGGAACUUCCUGCCAAGGAGCCUGCGAAGGCUGCAUCCAAGGAGGAGAGCGCAGAGAACGUGAAGGCGUACCCACACCAGGACAGCAAACGCGUAUUAGAAUGUCUGCAAAAGGCACUGCGCAUCGCCAGCUCUGCAACAGAAGAGAUCGUUACUGUUCAACUAUACUGUGAUACCCUGGAUCAAUACUUAUAUUAUCUCGACCAUGGCGCUACAGCGGUAACGCCCAAGUUCGUGAACAGCCUCGUAGAGCUUAUUACGUCCUCCGUCGACAACAUCGCAUCGCCGGAUGUGCACCCAUCACAACGCGCGCCCACCGGUCUCAUCGAGGGUGUACAGACCCCCGAGAUGAUUGCGCGCCACUUUCGCAACACUCUCAUGUACAUUCAAACGAAGAAAGUCGCCGCGAGCGCAGUCGCAGGUGCGGAAAACGGUGCGGCGGCAGUUGCAGCGCGGUGGGACGAGGUGGACGUCGUCGGCGCAUUGUUGAAGAUGGGUAUCGGGGCUCGAUAG